GCGGCGGCGGAGCGGAGGCCUCGUGCCGUAACGGCCAUCCCGGCGGCCGCGGCGGCAUCCCAGUGCCCUCCUCAGGAAAAAGAUGGCGGCAAAGUAGAGGGACGUGGAAUGCAUCCCUCUCCACAGAUGCAAUGGGAAUGCACCAAGGGACGCAAUAAUUCCCACAGAGAACCAGCUGAACAUCAGCAGACGGCCUCGGACACCAGAAAGGACCGCAAGGAGCCCGACAUGACCGGUAGGGAGGCAUCUACGAUGGCUCAGAGAGGCUGAAGCGGCGGAGCUGUGGCAGACGGGAGGGAGUGAGAAACAUACGGAGGGGCCGCACCGCAGCUCAGCGUUCCCGGACUGAGAUGUCGAUUCACAGCUGAACAGAGGGUCCGGAAGCAGGAGCGUGGGAACCGGAGAGCUGGUUCAGGUGUAUAAGCUGCUGAAAAAUGGCAGAAGAAGUGGUGGUAGUGGCCAAAUUUGAUUAUGUGGCCCAACAAGAACAAGAGCUGGACAUCAAGAAGAAUGAGAGAUUGUGGCUUCUGGAUGAUUCUAAGUCCUGGUGGCGAGUUCGAAAUUCCAUGAAUAAAACGGGUUUUGUGCCUUCUAACUACGUGGAAAGGAAAAACAGUGCUCGGAAAGCAUCUAUUGUAAAAAACCUAAAGGAUACCUUAGGCAUUGGAAAAGUGAAAAGAAAACCUAGUGUUCCAGAUUCUGCAUCUCCUGCUGAUGAUAGCUUUGUUGACCCAGGGGAACGUCUGUAUGACCUCAACAUGCCUGCUUAUGUAAAAUUUAACUACAUGGCAGAGAGAGAGGAUGAAUUAUCAUUGAUAAAAGGGACGAAGGUGAUCGUCAUGGAGAAAUGCAGUGAUGGGUGGUGGCGGGGUAGCUACAAUGGACAAGUUGGAUGGUUCCCUUCGAACUAUGUGACUGAGGAAGGUGACAGUCCUUUGGGUGACCAUGUGGGUUCUUUGUCAGAGAAAUUAGCAGCAGUCGUCAAUAACCUAAAUACUGGGCAAGUGUUACAUGUGGUACAGGCUCUUUACCCAUUCAGCUCAUCCAAUGAUGAAGAACUUAAUUUUGAGAAAGGCGAUGUAAUGGAUGUUAUUGAAAAACCUGAAAAUGACCCUGAGUGGUGGAAGUGCAGGAAGAUCAAUGGAAUGGUUGGUCUGGUGCCAAAAAACUAUGUUACCAUUAUGCAGAAUAAUCCAUUAACCUCAGGUUUGGAACCAUCGCCUCCACAGUGUGAUUACAUUAGGCCUUCACUCACUGGAAAGUUUGCUGGCAAUCCAUGGUAUUAUGGGAAAGUCACCAGGCACCAAGCAGAAAUGGCAUUAAAUGAAAGAGGGCACGAAGGUGAUUUCCUCAUUCGUGAUAGUGAAUCUUCGCCAAAUGAUUUCUCAGUAUCACUAAAAGCACAAGGGAAAAACAAGCAUUUUAAAGUCCAACUAAAAGAGACUGUCUACUGCAUUGGCCAGCGUAAAUUCAGCACCAUGGAAGAACUUGUAGAACAUUACAAAAAGGCACCAAUUUUUACAAGUGAACAAGGAGAAAAAUUAUAUCUUAUCAAGCAUUUAUCAUGAUACUGCUGACCAGAAGUGACUGCUAUACAGUUGUAAUUCGUCAUGUAAUUGAAGACUGAGAAAAUGUCAGUCCAGUCAUGCUUGAUUGGAAAUUGCUGUUUCUAACUCUAUAUGAAAAUUGACUAUAAUACAUAAGUAUUUUUAUUAUAACUCAGCCCAUACAUAUAUACUACAUAUGCCAAGCAUCUGCAUAGAGCAAUUCCUUAUCCUUGGUCUUCUGUUUUAUUGUUUUCUUUGCUGUUUUUGUCUUUGCUUCUAAUAUUAAGGUUUUAUAUUUUGAAAAAAUGAUGCAGAUCAAAAGUCUUUAUGUGGAAGAAUUUCUUUAUUGCCUUUCCUUUAUUUCCUUGUAAGGGCACCACCUUAGUUACUUCUGCAGUGGUUUCUCUUCAAAAUUAUUACAUCAGUUAUAUCAAUAUAUGCUAAAAUAAAUUUCUUGGAGAGUUGUUAAUCUUUUCUGUGACUAAAUAGCAAUAAUAAAUGGACAAUUAGAAAUUA